UCUUUUUUUCCCUUUCAUUUUCGCGCCUCCGACUGAGAAAAUGUCUGCCGUUGAACGACUCGCCAACUCGCAGGCCAACAUUGAUCGCAUCCAGGCAGUCGAGGCCUGCUUUGGCAGCAGCGGCAAGAUGCUGCAAAAGGCUGGCCGAGUGCUUAUUGGCGAAGGCAUCCUGACAAAGAUGUGCCGCAAAAAGCUCAAGCCUCGGCAGUUCUAUCUCUUCAACGACUGCAUCGUGUACGGCUCAAUCAUCAUUCCGCGCAAAAAGCUCACGCGACAACGCCUCAUCCCCCUGGCGCACAUGUUUCUGCGGCCUAUUGCCGACACCGAAUCAGCAGCGAUGAAGCAUGGCUGGUACAUUCUUAGCAAAGGCAAAUCAUUCCAAGUCUUCACUGCAACCGAGCAAGAGAAGCGCGAGUGGAUGGCACACAUUUGCAAAUGCGUAUCGGAUCAAACGGGGCGAGAACAAGUAAUGGUGACUGAAGACCCGAAGGACACGGCGGCCGUCUGGAUCCCCGACGACAAGGCCACAACCUGCAUGUGCUGUCGCAAAGUCAAAUUCAAUCCUGUUAUUCGAAAGCAUCACUGCCGUCGGUGUGGAAUGGUUGUCUGUUCCGGAUGUUCGCGAAACCGAGCGUUGCUCGCCGAUAUUGAUGAAAAGCCAGUGCGCAUUUGCGAUUUGUGCCAUCGCGUAACAUCUGCCGCUGCUUCGCAAGAGGGCGCGGCUACCAACGCUUCCUCUACAGGGGCAACGCCAGCAGCAGCAGUAGCAGCAGCAGUAGAUGCAUCAGAAGACAAGUCAACAGAAGUAGCCCAAGAACUUGCGGCGCAAACCCUCGAGUCCCCGCCGUCGCCUGUCUCUCGGUCACCAGCGGAGCCCGUGACUCCGGAUGAGCCGAUGACUCCAGAUGCAUUGUCAUCGUCGGACGAGGAUGAGGACGAGGACGACAUUCUCGGCGAUCUCAGCAAGGUCAGCCGCGAGAUGAUGAUUCCUGGCAAUCGCACCUCCGUCUUUUUCUUUGCAGACAACAAGCGUGAAUCCGCAUGAUGUCGCUGUUUGAUACAGGGCGUUGGUUGCGUGUGUGUAUGUGUUUUUUCAUUCGGUUUUUUGGUUUUUUUUUUGUUUGUUUGUAAACCAAGUCAUUUGGUUU